AUGACUACAACUGCAAAACAGAUGAUAGGAGGAGUGCAUUCGCUGGAGCAAAACAUAAAGGAUCGUCAAAGCAGAGGAGUGCAUUCAGUGGAGCAAAACAGUCAAGGCACCGAGGAUUCAAACUAUGGUGAAGACACUCAAGCCAGUCGUAAAGAAAGAAGAACGUGGACUCCAACAGACGAUGUUGUGCUCAUCAGCUCGUGGUUAAACACGAGCAAAGAUGCCGUAGUAGGAAAUGAGCAAAGGUCUCUUGCAUUCUGGAAAAGAAUUGUUACGUACUACAAUGCUAGUCCUAAGCUUGCUGGCUGUGAAAAGAGAGAGACAUCCCACUGUAAGAAUCGUUGGCAGAAGAUCAAUGAUGUCAUUUGCAAGUUUUGUGGAGCAUAUGAAGCUACGACCAGAGAGAAAAGAGUGAAAGAGUUGCAUAAUGACCAGAAGUGGUGUGAGCUGUCUACGGGUAAAAAUGAUGGAAGCUCUAGAAAGAGGAAGUGUGGGGAUAUUUCACAUUCAGCAAGCUCUAAAGCAACUGAAGCAGAUUCUACUGACGAUGAUGAAGUAACAAAUCGUCCCACGGGUGUUAAGGCAGCAAAGGCUCGUUCUAAGAAGACAAUGGUUGAUGGGAAGGAGCUGUCUGAGUUUCAGACAAUGUGGAGCAUCAAGAAGCAAGAUUUGGCUUUGAAAGAAAGGAUGUCUAAGAUGAUGGUACUUGACAGUCUCAUUGCUAAACAAGGACCACUAGCGGAUUAUGAAGAAGCUUUAAAGCAGAAACUCAUCCAUGAUUUGAUGUCUAACUAG